CUGAACCAUAACAAACACAGAAAUCAAAAAGGGUCGUAAAUACUUAUCUUUAAGACAACGUUUAUCAAGUUAUCGACCAAGAAAAAAAGAAAAAAAAGGGGUGACCUGAGUUUUUCAACACAACACAAAGAUGGCCGGAGUUUUCAAAACGGUGACAUGUAUGUUUUUGGUUUUAGCUGCGGUUGUUUUCGCAGAGGACUAUGAUGUUGGUGAUGAUACCGAAUGGGCGAGACCUAACGAUCCCAAGUACUAUGCUACAUGGGCUGCCAGUAAAACGUUCCGUGUAGGCGACGAGCUUGAAUUUGAUUUCACCGCUGGGAGACAUGAUGUGGCUGUUGUAACAAAAGAUGCAUAUGAGAACUGCGUGAAAGAGAAACCCCUCAGCGUCAUGAUGACUCCUCCGGUCAAAAUUAUACUAAACACCACCGGACCACAAUACUACAUCUGCACCUUCGGUGACCAUUGCCGCUUUGGUCAAAAACUUGCCAUCAACGUAGUUGGUGCUGGUGGUGCUACCACCCCUGCUGCUGGAGGAACCACUCCCACCACCCCAGGAGCCGGGACGACUACUACUACAACACCUACGGCUGGAAGUGCCGCUUCUACAUUAGGUGGUGCCUCUUUUUUGGUCGCCUUCGUUUCUGCUGUUGUUGCUCUCUUUUGAGUUAGAUUCGAUCGAUCGGAAUACUGAGGAAAGUACGUAGUUUAACAUUCAUGCAUUUUCUUUAUGGGAAUAAAAAUCCUCAUUGUAGAGACAUAUGAUAACUAGGUUAUAAUUUUAAGACUGAUUUUCCACAUCAUCGAUAUAUAUAUUAUAUCAUAUUUCAUGGAAAGGUGUGUACAUGUCAUCUUCUUGAUCCAGUUUGUUUAAGUGUUUUCUUGUAUUAUGUAAACAAUUUUGCCUUCUAAGUAUAUCAAUCACUCACGGAUCUGAAACAUUAACCCA